GCCUGGGCCGCGGGGCGCGCGGAGGAUGACGCGAGCGCUAACCAAGGGCGCGAGGUGCAGUUCCGGAAGCUUGCCGAGAGGCUUCUUGGUGGAAAGCCUGGCUCGGCCUUUGGCGGGCCGACUGGAAGAGAGAGCUGUUCCCUGAUAACCCUGCUGCUGACCAUAGUCAAGCAGUAACUUGACUACUUUCUCAACCCAGGGCGGAGCUCCCGCCGGUGCUAGACCUUGAGCUUGGCACAGUGGGGAUCUCUGAAGACCUAAAGUAGGAUGGAUCUGCCUGUGGAUGAGUGGAAAUCGUAUGUAUUUCAGAAGUGGUCUUUGCUCCCGAAGUCCACUCAGGUCACGAUCUCUACCGCAGAGACUUUGAGCGAUAUCUUUCUUCACUCCUCUUUGCUUCUUCAACCCGAGGAUGAGAUGUUUUUACAAAAUCUGUCUAGAGGCUACCUGGUGGAAAAGGACCCCAACGCUCCCCUUUUCUACAGAGAAGAAGGAAACAAAAAAUUUCAGCAGAAGGAUUAUAUGGGAGCCACAGUGCUGUACUCUAAGGGAAUAUCACAUUCAAGGCCUCACACUGCAGACAUUUCACUGUGUUAUGCCAAUCGCUCUGCAGCCCUCUUCCACCUGGGCCAGCAUGAAAUGUGUCUUAAAGACAUCAUGAGCGCGCAGAUGCACGGGUAUCCAGAGAGACUGCAACCCAAGAUGAUGUUGCGUAAGGCCGAAUGUCUGGUGACCCUGGGGAGACGACAGGAGGCGAGCCAGACCAUCAGUGAUCUUGAAAGUAGCUUUGCUGCCAAACCAACCCUCACAGCUGCCCAGUUUCAGAUUUUGCAGACAAACCUUUGUCGUCUGAAAAUGAAGGCACAAGAAAAGGAGAGUCUCACAGAAACCUUCCCGGCAGCUCUAACCAAAGCCUUGGAGGAUAUGGACCUAAAGGGAGAGAAUGGACAAGUCCCCAGCGCAUCGUCAUCUGUCAGCUUACGCACAGACCCUUUAAGAGGCCGCUAUUUGGUUGCCACAAAAGAUAUUCUCCCAGGAGAGCUCUUGGUGAAGGAGGACGCUUUUGUGAGCGUCCUUCACCCGGGAGAGAUGCCACCGCUAUGUCACCUAGAGAGCAAGUGGGAUACCAGGGUUACCAACGGGGACCUCUACUGUCACCGAUGUUUGGACCACACUUUGGCCACAGUUCCCUGUGAUGGGUGCAGCUAUGCCAAAUACUGCAGCCAUGACUGUAUGCAGCAGGCCUGGGACCUGUACCAUAGUGUGGAGUGUUCUCUAGGGGGGCUGCUUCUCACACUGGGUGUCUUCUGCCACAUUGCCCUGAGGUCCACUCUCGUAGCUAGAUUUGAGGAUGCAAGCAAAGUCAUAAGGAAGCUUUGCGGUGAGAUUAGGAACAGAGACACAUGUUCACCUGAAAGAGAGACUCUGGUGCAAACACUCACUUGUGACCUGGGAGGGGAGAGUGAGAACAAAGGCAAAAUGCUCGAGCCCCCAGUUCCAGGAUGUGAUCUGAAUGGGAAAUAUGAAAGUAAUUACAAUGCCGUCUUCCACCUCCUGCCACAUACUGGAAACCAUAGCCCGGAGCACAGAUUUCUCUGUGCUCUAAGUGUCUCUGCACUGUGCAGGCGACUUGAAGCAGCCGGUUGCUACAAGCCAGCGGCGGCUGUGCCUCCUGGGUCGGGUUCAGAGUUGGAUGUCUGGGGAGUGGCCAUGCUGAAACACGUGCUGCAGCUGCACUGUAACGCUCAGGCGAUCACCACCAUUCAGCACACAGGAUCUAAAGAGAACAGCGUGACCAACAGCAGGCAGGUCCGCCUUGCCACGGGCAUCUUCCCUGUCAUCAGCCUCCUGAACCAUUCCUGCAGCCCCAACACCAGCGUGUCCUUCAUUAGCACCGUCGCCACCGUUCGGGCAUCACAGCAGAUUGGAAAAGGGCAAGAGAUUCUCCACUGCUAUGGGCCUCACCAGAGCAGGAUGCGUGCUGCUGAAAGGCAACAGAAGCUGAGAUCACAGUAUUUCUUUGACUGCAGUUGCGCAGCUUGUCAGAACGAGAAGCACUCAGCCGCCACAGGGCCCCGGUGGGAGGCGUUCUGCUGUAGGAGCUGCGGGGCGCUCAUGCAGGGAGACGAUGUACUGAUCUGUGGCAGCACGUCCUGUACGGAGUCAGUCAGCAGAGAUCACCUCAUCUCUCGGUUACAGGACCUUCAGCAGCAGGUUGGGAUGGCCCGGAAGCUUCUCAGAAAUGAUAAACCAGAGGGAGCCAUUCAGCUAUUGUUGGGGUGCCAGCGUGAUGCCCAGAGCUUCCUGUCAGGAGAACACAGUCUGGUGGGAGAAAUGGAGGAUGACCUGGCCCAGGCCUAUGCCGCCUUAGGGGACUGGCAAAAGUCAGCUACCCAUCUACAGAAGAGUCUCCAAGUGGUUGAGGUUCGCCAUGGGCCGUCCAGUGUUGAAAUGGGCCAUGAGCUCUUCAAACUGGCCCAACUCUUCUUCAACGGGUUUGCAAUACCAGAGGCGCUGAAUACAAUACAAAAGGCAGAAAAGGUUCUGAUGGUGCACUAUGGCCCUUGGAAUGAUGAGAUCCAGGAGCUACAAAAGAUGAAAUCUUGCUUAUUGGACUUACCACCCAUCCCUGCAGGGCCUUCUGUGCAGGGUCCAAAUGUUUUCUUCCAAUAGUUAACUACCCUCCCAUAAAAACUCCCAGUUCCCAGAAAAGACUUAAAACUAGUGUCUGGAGAGUCUAAGCACUUUAAAAGGAUUUUAGCUCAUCUGCAGGCAUCUGGAAGUUAGCCUGGGUUUUGGCUAGACUCCACCUCACUAAAUGAUGAUAGUCUGUUUCCCUGGAACAUUCCUAUGGUUUCUAGUAGUAAUGAAAUGUUAUGUACCACUCCAGUGGGAACUUAAGCUCUUGGUAGUUGGUAGUUGUAUUGUAAUUGAAAAAUAAUUAUAAAGCAAGAAAUCACCGAGGCUCCUUACCUCUAUCUAGAGUCACCAUUUCCUGUAUGAUAUCUAGCUUUCUCGAAUCCUUUGUUAAAACUGGUACAGUGUAAAUUGUGAAUAGAGAAAUAAAUAUGGGGCCACUUUACUGUUGAUCAGUUUCUUCCUGUCCUUAUUAUCUGCCUCUCAUUCUAUGCUCGUGGCAGACUCACUGACCAAACACUAAUAAAAUCGAGCUUGUAGUAAUGACA